AAUGCAAGGUUUUGUGGUUACAAACGGAAGCCUGGUUCCAGCUACACACAUCGUAGCCUUCCAUAUAAAACUUCACUCCAGGACAGUAAUCUCAGACAAAAAUUACAACAGUUGUUUGAUCCAAUAAUAUAUAAUGCUGGUCACUAUAUAGAUCUUGGCUCGAGCCAACAAUGUGAGCACGCAAACAAAGAGGUCACACUAAGAGCACCUAAAAGUCAUCACUAUGGAAACUCCAGUAGUCUUGAUUAUCGUGUCCAUGUAACAGCAGCAUUCAUAAAUGAAGGAAGGCAGUAUAUUUCUAAGGGUUACUCAAUGUUGGGUCUUUCACCUGGGACUCAUACAGUUCGUCAUGCAGAGAAAUGUAUGAAACAGCGGGAAAAAAAGAGAGAAAAGGCAAAAUCCCCCUCCACCAAACUUAGACGAUUGUUGUUAAAACAGGAACGGGCCACUAAUCAGGGUGCAAAUGAGGCACUGGAAGGAGAUACAUAUCAGUCUGGUAUUGGUCAUGAAGAAACUGUCAAUGUCGAGAAAAUACCUGAUUCAAUUCCAAGGGGAAAUUUCAAGUCUGCCAAAUUCCAUGGAAAGCCAACUAUAAUAUCCUUUGACUUGGAAACAACUGGGCUAAUUCAAGGAGGAGUCCUACCUCAGAUAACACAAAUUUCGGCAGUAGAAGUUGUGUCAGAGCAACAAUUCAACACAUAUGUCAACCCUACAGUUCCCAUUGAUAAAACAGCAACUAGUGUUACUGGAAUAGCAUAUUUUGAAGGCCAGAUGACAGUUAAUGGAACAAAGGUUCAAUCUGUGAAUAUUAGAUCAGCAGUUGAUGAUAUGAUCGCCUGGAUUUCUAAAUUUCAAAAUGUGUGUUUAGUUGCACAUAAUGGACGUAGGUUCGAUUUCCCAAUUUUGGUAACAACGCUCACAAAUCUCGGAGUUUUUGAUAAGUUUUCAAAGUGUGCAUUUAUUGAUUCUUUGUCUGUGUUUAGAAAACUUUAUCCUAAGCAAUCUUUGAAACAAGUUGACCUUGUAUCCACUAUUCUUGGUGAAGUGUAUGAUGCACAUAAUGCCAUUGAAGAUGUAAAAGCACUCGGAAAGUUAAUUCAGCAUGUGAAUCUCCCAACUAAAGAUUUGAUGGAACAUAGUUUCAGUCCAUCAGCAGUAGCCAACAACAUCAUGUUCAAUAAGGCUAAAGCUUCAAAUUUACCAUCAUUGAAUCCUUUGAUUUAUACAGGAGUAAUGAAAAGACCUACUGCUGAAAACAUUGCAGGAUCUGGAUUAAAUUUGUCACAUUUAAAGCUGUUGUAUAGUCGCGGUGGGGAGGACGCUUUACGGGAUGUUUUCACAGCUAAGAAUUCUGAAGGCUUGCCAAGAGUCACAAAUGUUAAGAAAUUAUUGGAUGAAAUUAUUCCUAAAAUGUCAAUGUUUUUUUAGUAAAAAAAAUGAUUAGGUAACUUGUUUGACAAGUACUCAGAAAAAAUAUUUUUCAUACAUGUGUGU